AACCAAAUAUUUUUUGAUUAGGUGAAAAGAUCAAGAUCUCGAGGAGGUUUGGCUGGUGUAGAUGGAAUGAAAUCAGUUUUUGGUCAAAUGGUUAGCAAACUGCCACUACUUACUUCUGAAACCCUAGCAUUACCACAUAGAGUGUGGAAGGUUGAGUUCGUGGGAGAGAGUGUUGAUGACUGUGGGGGCGGAUAUAGUGAGAGUAUAGCAGAAAUGUGUGAUGAACUCCAGAACGGAUCUUUGCCUCUCCUGAUUCCAACACCAAACGGGAGGGAUGAAUCUGGAGCAAAUAGAGACUGCUUUAUAUUAAAUCCAGCAGCAAAGACUUGUCUGAAUUUGAAUAUGUUCCGAUUUUUGGGAGUGUUAAUGGGUAUUGCCAUAAGAACAGGUUCACCAUUGAGCCUUAGCCUAGCUGAACCUGUCUGGAAACAGUUGGCAGGAAUAGACCUUACUCCCGCUGAUUUGACAGAAAUUGACAGGGAUUAUGUACCAGGUCUUCUCUGUAUAAGAGACAUGGGUUCGGAAGAACCUCUAUUUCAAAAUAUGGAAAUGCCAUUUUGUACCCCUUCUUCAUCUGGUACUGACAUCCAUUUGAGCACAAGAUACAAAAAGAUAACUUACGAAAACCGCCUGGAAUAUAUUAGACUGGCUUUGAAUUUCAGGUUGCACGAGUUUGAUGAACAAAUUAAAGCUGUUCGAGAUGGUAUGUCUAGAGUAGUUCCAGUGCCAUUACUAUCAUUAUUCAGUGGAUAUGAGUUGGAAACAAUGGUUUGUGGCUCUCCUGAUAUACCAUUGUCCUUAUUGAAAUCUGUAGCAACUUAUAAAGGAAUUGACAUUAGUGCUCCACUGAUUCAGUGGUUCUGGGAAGUCAUGGAGGAAUUCACAAAUCAAGAACGAUCAUUAUUUUUGAGAUUCGUUUGGGGAAGAACUCGUUUGCCACGAACUAUAGCUGACUUUCGUGGGAGAGAUUUUGUCAUUCAAAUUCUUGACAAAUAUUCCCCGCCGGAUCACUUUUUGCCUGAAAGUUACACUUGCUUUUUUUUGCUUAAAAUGCCUAGAUAUUCGUGCAAGGUGAAAGUAGUCUUCCUGCCCAAAAUAGGCAAAAUAUUAGACCAAACGCCCAAGUCACAAAUAACUAUUAAUCUAACGUCCUUUCGAAUGAAAACCGUUGAAAAGUUACUGGGCCGAUACAUAAGAGACGAAACGUUGAAGGAAAGACCUCUUAGUGCUCGUCAAUAUGCGUACCAGCCUGGGAAAUCAACAGGUUUAGCGCUGGACGACUUAAACAGACUACUAUCUAAGUCGCUGGACGACGAAGAAAUGGCAGUAGCUGCCUUUCUAAACAUCGAAGGUGCAUUUAAAAAUGUCUCCACGGAAUGCCUUUUAGACGCAUUGCGAAAAAUAGGAAAACCAGCUGUCGUGUGUCGAUGGAUAAAAGCCAGCCUAGAAAGAAGGAUGAUAUAG